AUGCAUGCAAAUUUGUGGAAAUUCCUGUAUGUGAUGCUUUGGGGUCUAAUCUUGUUGUCUAGAACAUUUGAAUGUCUUGAUAUUCACGAUGACAUGGGUUCUUGUAGCUCUUUCCAGUUAGGGCCUUUCUCUUGGAGCAGUGGGAGCAAGCUGAAACAUUUUAUACCGGCACACGUUGAAGUUGCACGGAAAUGUAGUCAUUUUUCUCUAAAAUGUAAAUCUUGUUUAAGCACAGGAGCUCCUCGUGUCCUUGGCCCGAAGGCAAAAUUAUUUAAAGUAUCGGCUUUCAGAGGGAGCAAUCAACACGAUGAAGCUGGCAGUAGAACUAGUGGGAAAAAGUCCCCAAAGAAUCCUAUUAAGGUUUCUUAUGUACAACAAGAGAGCGAAGAAUCUUCACCAGAAUCAUCAAAGGUCCAGAAUAUUGCUCCUGUUCCUUGCACAUCAACAGCAGAUGAGAAAUCACUGGCUAUACAAACUUUAUUUAAGAAUUGGUUANCCCCCCCCCCCCCCAACUGCCCCUCCCCCCCCCUCCCCUUCGUCCCUCUGUACCUGGCUAUUUGCCUGGCAUAUGGAGCAGAGGUUUCAAAAGAACUGACUCCUUUGUGGGUUCUUGGACCAUUAAUUGUUGCUCUCUAUGUUAAGAUGUUACGGGGCAUAUUUGGCCUCUAUGUAUUCAGCUUCAAGCAGACUGUCAAGAUAAUCAAUAACCUUCCCAAAUACUACCUGGCGGCUUAUAAUUAUUUCGUUUGUGGGAAACUUAAAGAAGACUUACUAGCGCGUACUUGGAAACCUCUGAUGGAUAUCAAAAGCAUGGAUUACAAAGAGAGAGAGGUGGCGGAAGAGGAGGCCGGUGGACUGGGAGUUAUGUGUUCGGAGAAUGUCAUCGCAAAUUGGAGGUGGUAUCUUGAUUUUAAAGGGCUUGGGAAAAGAUGGGGGAAUUUGGAGAUGUCGAUGGUUGGAGUAGCUAUUCGAGAGAAGUCAAUCGGAACCGUCAAUUUUUCAUUCCACAAAGCGCCAUUAGGGUUUUCUUUACAAAUCCCACUCAAUUUGCAUCUCUUUGUACCUAUAGUUCAUAUUUUCUCACCAAGCUUCGGGACUAAAUUAAGGUUGUUUAUUGCCGAAACUUUAUAUUUGAAUAGUACUUUAGCGGAGAAAAUGGCGUCGAGAUUUUGGACUCAGGGUGACAGUGACACGGAGGAGGAGAGUAGUGAUUAUGAUGAGCAGGAAGAAGGACCAGUAGAGACAACUGCAGUUGCAGGUGGCAGCAAGUAUCUGCAGACUGAAGCUAGCGAUAGUGAUGACUCGGAUGGGCAGAAGCGCGUUGUGCGAUCUGCUAAGGACAAGCGAUUCGAGGAGAUGGCUGCCACUGUUGAUCAGAUGAAAAAUGCUAUGAAAAUCAAUGACUGGGUGAGCCUCCAAGAAAGCUUUGACAAGAUCAAUAAGCAGCUGGAGAAGGUUAUGAGGGUCACAGAGUCAGAUAGAGUUCCGAAUCUUUACAUCAAAUCUCUUGUUAUGUUGGAGGAUUUCUUAAAUCAGGCAUUGGCCAAUAAGGAGGCAAAGAAGAAGAUGAGCAGUAGUAAUGCGAAGGCCUUGAAUUCGAUGAAACAAAAGCUUAAGAAGAACAAUAAGCAGUAUGAGGAUUUGAUUAACAAGUACAGAGAGAAGCCGGACCUUUUUGAGGAAAAAGAAGAGGAUGAGCAAGAGGAGGAUGAAGAGGAUGAUGAGGAAGGUUCAGAUCUUGACGAUGAGGACCUUCUGAACCGGGAAUCGGAGGGGAGUGAGGAUGAAGAAGAAAUGGAAAAGGAGGCAGUUGAGAGUGGAUCUGGUUGGGAGAAGAUGUUGAGUAAGAAGGAUAAGAUGAUGGAUAAGCAGUUCAAGGACCCUAGCCAAAUUACUUGGGAAACUGUCAACAAGAAGUUUAAGGAGAUUGUAGCUGCUAGGGGUAGGAAAGGGACAGGAAGAAUUGAGUUGGUUGAGCAGCUCACUUUCUUAACAAGGGUCGCUAAAACCCCUGCUCAGAAGCUUGAAAUUCUCUUCAGUGUUGUUUCUGCACAGUUCGAUGUUAAUACUAGUUUGAGUGGGCAUAUGCCAAUCAGUGUCUGGAAACAGUGUGUGCAGAAUAUGCUUGCCAUACUUGAUAUUUUAACGAAGUAUCCAAAUAUUGUGGUUGACGAUAUGGUGGAACCUGAUGAAAACGAGACCCAAAAGGGUGCUGACUUUGAUGGGACUAUUCGGAUUUGGGGAAAUUUGGUAGCAUUCCUUGAAAGGAUAGAUGUGGAAUUUUUUAAGAGCCUUCAGGUUAUUGAUCCUCACACACGUGAAUAUAUUGAGAGGCUUAGGGAUGAGCCUGUUUUCCUAGUUCUUGCUCAGAUUGUCCAGGAGUAUCUGGAAGGAGUUGAGAACUAUAAGGGUGCUUCAAAGGUAGCUCUUAAGCGUGUUGAACUCAUAUAUUAUAAACCGCAGGAGGUGUAUGAUGCGAUGAGGAAAUUGGCCGAGCAAUCGGAUGAUGGAGGAAUGGAGUCUGGAGAGGAAACCAAAGCUGUUGAGGAAAGUAGAGGUCCACCGGCCUUUAUCGUAACUCCUGAGUUGGUGCCCCGGAAACCUACCUUUCCAGAGAAUAGCAGGACCUUAAUGGACAUCCUUGUUUCACUCAUAUACAAGUAUGGCGAUGAGCGGACUAAGGCUCGUGCAAUGCUUUGCGAUAUAUAUCACCAUGCCAUCUUUGAUGAAUUUGCAAUAUCUCGCGACUUGUUUCUCAUGAGUCACCUACAGGAUAGUAUUCAACACAUGGAUAUUUCUACCCAAAUACUUUUCAAUAGAGCUAUGUCACAGCUCGGUCUCUGUGCAUUUAGGAUGGGACUUACUGCUGAGGGCCAUAGUUGCCUGGCAGAACUGUAUUCUGCUGGCAGGGUGAAGGAAUUGCUCGCCCAAGGUGUCUCCCAAAGCAGAUAUCACGAGAAGUCGCCAGAACAGGAACGACUGGAGAGGAGGCGACAAAUGCCCUACCACAUGCAUAUAAAUCUUGAACUUCUUGAGGCAGUCCAUAUGAUAUGUGCUAUGUUGCUGGAGGUUCCCAACAUGGCAGCCAAUAGCCAUGAUGCCAAACGUAAGGUCAUAAGCAAGUCUUUCCGAAGGUUGCUCGAAGUAAGUGAGAGGCAAACGUACACUGGCCCUCCCGAAACUGUCAGGGACCAUGUAAUGGCAGCCACAAGGGCCCUCAGGCAGGGUGAUUUCACUGGGGCUUUUGUUGUUAUCAAGUCCCUUGAUGUCUGGAGGCUGCUUCGUAAUAAAGAUAAUGUUCUUGAGAUGCUUAAGGCUAAAAUCAAGGAAGAGGCUCUGAGGACCUACCUUUUUACGUAUUCGUCCUCUUACGAUUCCCUGAGCUUAGACCAUCUUGCCAAGUUGUUUGACCUUUCCGAUUCUCAAACUCAUAGCAUUGUGAGCAAGAUGAUUAUCAACGAGGAGCUUCAUGCAAGUUGGGACCAACCAACUGGCUGCAUCGUCUUCCAUGCAGUCGAGCAUAGUAGAUUGCAGGCUUUAGCAUUCCAGUUGACAGAAAAGCUCACAGUUCUUGCAGAAACUAACGAGAGAGCAAUUGAAACAAGGAUCGGCGGUGGAGGAUUGGAUGGUCUCCCUCUCAGACGUAGGGAUGGGCAGGAUUACGCUGUAGCAGCUGCUUCAGGCUCCGGUGGUAGGUGGCAAGAGUUUUCCUUCUCACAGGGACGGCUAGGCAGCAGUGGUGGAAGAACAGGAUAUGGCGGUGGCAGAUCAUCAACUUCCGGUCAAGCAUCGGGGGGUAACUUUUCGAGGGAUCGGAUGGGUCAAUCGCGAUCUGGUGGCUACCAGAACUCAAGAUAUCAAGAUGGGCCUGGUCGAAUGUUCCAAUCUGGUUCAUCCGUUAGGGGAAAUCAGAUGGAUACAUUGACCCGGAUGGUUAAUCUCAACCGAGGAGUUCGUGCAUAA